AUGGUUAACCCGCACUCUCCCUCCCCGGAGGCGGAGAUGACGCCUCUCCCCAAGCGUGCCAAACGUGAACCCAACUCCACCGACUUUCCUCCAUCCGGAGGAGACAAGGUCAAGUCCGAGGCCACCCCACGCGCCUCCACUUCCGGCUCCACGGUGCGCGGUCCCUGGACAGGCGAGGAAUACGUCCAGCUCUUCGACCACGUCAUGGCCAGCCUUCCCCGCUCAAAGAACUUCGGGGCCGCGGUUCCGAACCGCAGUGCGAACCAGGCAGAUCUGGCGUGGCGUUACGUCGUACUCCCCAAGUGCCGCAAGAUGCUGCUAGAAAAGGGCAAGCCUUCGCAUUAG